AUGGACUCGCGCAAUUGUCGAGUGGUAUCCAAGGAAUUGGAAAAGACCAUGCGGGCGACCUCCAAAAUGAUGGAAAGACGAGCUGAACAACAAUCUCGGGACAACAUGGAUGAGAAGGGCUCAGAUAAGAAGCGAGAGGAGGUGCAGGAGGAAUGUCAGUGCACUAUGAAUGAGGAGCAGUGGACGAGUCCCAUUGUGAAAGGAGAGGAAUUCCCUGCCCCUGCCAUCAGACCUGAACAUCUCAAGAAGCUGCGAGCCCCUCAGCCCCCAAAAGACUCCCAGAAGCCCUGUGCAAGGAGCCGCGUGCUGGUCCGUAAGACCCACCCUCCUGAUGGUCUCAGUCCUGGUGCGAGCAUUGCCAUGGUUGAGCGCCUCCCAAACAAUGGUGUACUGCAGCCACUGGAUUAUACAGGUCCAGGAGCGCCACGCUUCGAUGCCCAGGGCAUGGUCCUGCCGCACAGCAUCCUGGGAACUCUGGAGGACUUUCGGAAGGAGAUGGAGGCUAGAGGAGAGGUGGAGCUCGUUAAGCGAAUUCCUGAUAUGAAGAAACAACAGUCUUUUGACUCUGGAGGACAGAAACCCGAAGAGAAGACCAAAUCUCGUCCACAUUAUGAACAGGACCAACAAGGACAUGCCCUUAAACACUGGUGUUAUCACAUGGUAGAGAGACGCAGGCAGCAGAACUUCAUCUCCAAUUUGUUGCAGAAGCCGGUGGAGGAUCUGCUGAUGAACCAAGCGAACCGAUUCCGAGAAACUCAGGAGCAGAGACAACUGAUCAACCUUGGACUUUCCACACUACAUCAUGAACAUGGUGCCCGUGUGGGCAGUGAGUUCUGGAGUGUUCCACAGCGAUAUGGGGAUGAACUGACUGGAAUCAUGGCCACAGUGACCCAGAAGGAGGGAGGACAAAUUGAUAUCACACACAUCACACAGCCUCAUAGUACACGCCUAGAGUCAGGUAAUGUGCCUUCUGAGCGCUCAGUGACUAGAGCAUGGUGUCACAGUCAGUACCUGAAGCAGCGCCAGGACGAACUCCGAAAUGUACUAAGUGACCUCGGCAUCAGUCAGCCUGAGAUGGAUGGGUUGGAGAUUGUGGGUUCGAGUCAGCCUUUCACAUCUGACUCAGUGGAGUGCUGUAGGAAGCAGGAACAGAAUGAGGAGGACAGGAGCGAAGGAGAACACAAAGAGAAUGACGACCCACUGGUGCUUUUUGAAGACGUCAUGCAAGAUGUGGAGCUGCUUCCUGCUCUGAGGAUCAGUGGUGAACUGGCACGCUGGAAUGGAAACACAACCUCUCAGCAGGGAGAGGUUGGGGUCUCUGUCUGCCUAACGUUUGAGACUUUGGUGGGUGAGAACACAUCUUCUCACCUGGAACUGAAGAAUGAGGGGACCACGGCUAUCUACUACAGCUGGCAGAAAGUGGAGCUGACAAACAGCUUUCCUGAGGCCAGACCACAAAAACACACUCAAAAAUUCUACUUUAACACAGCUACAGCUGUGAUACUGCCAGGUGAUACCGAGAGAAUUCUGGUCAUCUUUAAGACUGCGUGUCCUGAGAUCAUGACAGAGGUGUGGAACCUGCACACACAUCCUCUACUCAUGGGCGGCGCCAUCCUUCAGGUCACAUUCAAGGGUAUGGCUCUGUACCAGGACAAAACCGCUGAACAGAGAGUGGCCCUGGAGCUGGAACUGGAGCACCGAGUGGCCAUAUCAGUGUGCAGAUCCGUGGUGUCUGAAGUGCUGCAUGGGGUUCGUACUCCUGCGAGGCCAAGAUCACCAGCUGAACUCUAUAUGACAGAUGAGGAACGAUUUCUUGCCCAGAAUCCUAAUCUGCACUAUCAUCAUGAGCCAGUGGAGGCACUGAAGGGUCUGUGGGAGCAGGCAACACGGGGAACGCUCGCAGAGUCAGGAGAUACAGAGGACAAACACACACAUGGCCCUGUCUGGGAUCUGUCUAUGAGCAGCCUUUAUCAGAUGCUGGUGUCUUUGCCACCAGAAGAUGCAGACACACAUGAGGAGAGUGCAGGACUGUGCUUGGAGGAAGCUCUCAGCCAAUACAACAUGUUAUUGAUGCAACUCCACCAACCACAGCUCGCUUGCAAGCCACUUACAAAGCACGGAAUAGGGCUGCAGUUAUGGAGGGAGCUGUUGGAUGAUUUAGCCGGUGAGGCUCUGUGGCUGAGACAUGUGCUGGGACUUCCUGAGAACGACACCUGGGAAGACACACAUCCUGCACCAGACAGCAGGGAGGAGCCAAAGGAGGAAGAGACAAUGAAAAGAAAAGCAGCACCACUGAUGAAAACGAAGGAGAAGAAAGGUGCAGCCAAAUCUGCAGCCAAGGACAAACCUGCUGAGGAGCAGAGCCGAAGUAAAAGCAAGCCCAAAGGGGAGGAGAAGGAGGUGAGAACAAGGUCAUCCUCCGCCUCAGUAAGUCCAGACUUCGAGAGCACUCCACAGCAGGACCACAUCAAUCCUGAAGUGCUGGAAAGAUACCGAUCCACUCUACAUCAAAAGGUGUACGUCCUUGUGGAGAAAAUGAUUGAUUCUUUUGCAGGUCUGCUUGAUGAAACUCAGCAAAUCCAAGAAAACCUUCACAACAGCAACUGA